GAGGAGAGGAAACACACUUCACAUCACAGUCUCACACACCCCAUCCCAACAAACCACGCGUCAAAAUCCAACUCCACACCGACACGUUAAUGUAAGAGACAAUCUCGGCGCACUUUUCUAACCUGCACCGCCACCUCUCUCCCCUUGAUUUUUCAACCCCCUCUCUCUCUAUCUCUCUCUGCAAAAUUCCCUCCUUCAAUCCCUCGAUUCAUUCUCUCUUCCUAUUUCUUUUUCCUCUGAUAUUUAUUCCAAUAUUUCCAAAUAUUCUACCUGAUUUUUUUCAAUGAUCAUCAAAUCCAUAUCACCAUCAUCAUUCCUCAAUUCAUUUUCGUUCCUCUGCUAACAAACUCCACAAGAGACGACGCUCUGCCACCGGCGUUCUCCCUGACCAAAUGGAAAAGGGUGUAUCAAAGAAUCAAAAUUCCCGGGUUUGCUGUUUGGCAUUCGUAUCUGCAUUCCUCUGGUUUUUCCUAUUGUACUUUCAUUUUGUGUUUCUUAGAGGAGAUAAUACUAAUGCUAAUACUACUAUUCAUUUUCUCGAUGAUCACACAACCAAAUUAACACCUCUUAUACAUGAAUCUACCUCAAUCCAUGUUAAUGUUCCUGAACUGAAACCCUCUCCUAGAAAGAUCGCUUUCCCAAACCCGGUUGAGAACCCGGUUGAGGUGAAGAGUUACCCCCCUCCCCCUAAGAAUUUCCCUUUUACUAAAGCAUUGAAAAGUGCUGAGAAUAAGAGUGAUCCUUGUGGGGGAAGGUAUAUUUAUGUGCAUGAACUUCCUUCAAGGUUUAAUGAGGAUAUGUUGAAGGAGUGUAAAAGUUUGAGUCUUUGGACUAAUAUGUGUAAGUUUACUAGUAAUGCUGGUCUUGGGCCGCCGCUUGAGAAUGUAGAAGGGGUGUUCUCGGAUACGGGUUGGUAUGCCACGAAUCAGUUUGCGGUGGAUGUUAUAUUUAGUAAUCGGAUGAAACAGUAUCAGUGCUUGACUAAGGAUUCGUCCAUUGCUGCUGCCAUUUUUGUACCGUUUUAUGCUGGGUUUGACAUUGCAAGGUAUCUUUGGGGUUAUAAUAUUUCGAGGAGGGAUGCGGCUUCGCUUGAUCUGGUUGAUUGGCUUAUGAAGAGGCCGGAGUGGAAAAUAAUGAAUGGGCAGGAUCAUUUUCUUGUUGCGGGGAGGAUAACGUGGGAUUUUCGAAGAUUGUCUGAGGAAGAGACUGAUUGGGGGAAUAAGCUUUUGUUUUUACCGGCAGCGAAGAAUAUGUCCAUGCUUGUGGUAGAGUCCAGUCCUUGGAAUGCAAAUGAUUUUGGGAUUCCGUAUCCUACGUACUUCCACCCUGCGAAAGAUGCGGAUGUGUUCAAUUGGCAGGGCAGAAUGAGGGGAUUAAAGAGGAAGUGGCUUUUCUCCUUUGCUGGAGCUCCACGUCCUGGUAACGUCAAAUCAAUCAGGGGUCAACUAAUUGAGCAAUGUAGAAGUUCGCCGGUUGGUAAGCUGUUGGAAUGUGACUUUGGUGAAAGCAAAUGUCAUUCUCCUAGCAGCAUUAUGCAGAUGUUUCAAAGCUCGCAAUACUGCUUGCAACCUCAAGGUGAUUCAUACACAAGAAGGUCUGCGUUUGAUUCAAUGUUGGCUGGCUGUAUACCCGUCUUCUUCCAUCCAGGUUCGGCAUACACACAAUAUACUUGGCAUCUUCCUAAGAAUUAUACCAAGUAUUCCGUCUUCAUUCCAGAGGAUGACAUUCGUAAGAAGAAUAUGAGUAUAGAGCAAAUACUUCGUCAGAUACCUCCUGAACAAGAGAAAAUCAUGAGAGAAGAGGUCAUUAGUCUCAUUCCAAGCCUAGUAUACGCCGACCCUCGCUCCAAGUUAGAAACUUUGAAAGACGCGUUUGAUGUUUCUGUACAAGCAGUAAUUAACAAAGUUACACAUUUGAGGAAGGAUAUUAUUGAAGAUAAUAUUGAUAAAAACUUCAUUGAGGAGAACAGUUGGAAAUACGCUCUGUUGGAUGAGGGAAAGCAUGAAGUAGGACCUCAUGAAUGGGAUCCUUUCUUCUCAAAACCAAAGGAUGGUAGUGGAGAUUCCACUGAUUCAUCUGCCGCAGCUGCAAAAAACUCUUGGAAGAAUGAGCAAAGGAAGUGGAAAUGAUAAAUACACUGGCUACUGUGAGGUUUUAUGCAGAUUGAGAUACACUUUCUCUGAAUUGGGGAAGAAUGGCAAAUUAUUGCUUGGAUCUUGCUGUGAACUUACUGCUGAAAAUGUGGCCAAGCAUAUUGAACAGGGGUUCUUGUUGAAAACCCCAGUGUGAGGACUUUUCUUUUACUUCACAUGUUUUUUAUAGGUUAUCUUGAUUUCUGCUUCAUGUAUUAUGUUCAGUGGUUCCUAGAAUGAAUUUUAGGAGGUUUAAUAAUUUCUUAUGUAAUACUUUUGUCCAUUUGUUUCAUAUAGGAAAAAUAAACAAAUUAUAUCAUAGUUGAGUGUAAACUUGAACAAGUUUAAUUAUUGAAGUCUGGAUAGAUUGCUAUCUUUUGAUAA